UUGCAACUUAAUAGUGACACUACAGCCAUGUCGGUGAUCUUUUGCAUUUCCAAGCGACGAUGAGCUCAGCUGCGGAAGUGUUUGUGACGAUGGACGUGGCUGUGCGUGAAGCAGGAGCAGCGCUGGUGAGUCAGGUCAAGGGGACCAUCAAGUUCGACGUCACAGGCGCGGGACAAUGGCUGAUCCAGGUCAAGGCGAGUCCGUCCGGCGUAUCCAAGGCGUCUGCCGACGACAAGGCCGAUGUCACGAUCACGAUCUCCGAACCCAACUUUUUGCUGCUUAUUGCCGAGAAACUGAACCCGCAAACAGCGUUCAUGCAGGGCAAGAUCAAGAUCAAGGGUAACAUGGGACUCGCGUCGAAAUUGACCGCGGUGAUUGCCGCAUACAAGAAAGAGAUCGCGUCGGCACCGUCGACUCCUGCGGCUGCCCCUGCGACUCCUCCAUCAGCUGCCAAGCCCACGCUGCGAUCGGCGGCUAUUUUCGCGGCCAUUGGCGAAGCCAUCACGGCCAAGGGCCCGGAAUUGGUGUCCAAGGUGAAAGGCACGAUCCAAUUCGUGAUCACACCAGGAGGAGCGUGGUACGUGGACCUCAAGAAUGGCGCUGGCUCGAUUGAAGCCGCGACGAAGCCAGCGAACUUGACGAUCACGGCGUCCGACGACGACUUUAUGGCAAUCGCCGACGGCAAGUUGAACGCCCAACAAGCAUUCAUGAAGGGAAAACUCAAGGUGAAGGGCAACAUGGGGCUGGCGAUGAAGCUACCGGUGGUCAUCGAGGCUGCCAAGGCGCCGCGCUCCAAGUUGUAAGGAUGUAAGCCCUAACAUGGCAAAGUUCUCCAGAGUCUAUUUCUUAUAACCGACAUGGCACCAUUUGGAAAAACAUAAACAUAAAUCGAAGCAGACGAUAUUUUGUGUGUGUCUACUAUCAUCUAAAUUACCGCCCUUGUUAUCUCGAUGGUCGCUGUACCGCUUGGGUUGAUGGUGCCAUGCCAGAGUUCUACAUCUUACAGGUGACCUAGCCAUCCUCAUCCUGGAUACAUCGAAACAACAUCCGAACGCAUUUAGGUCGACGUCACGUUGGCCUUGGAGCCGCGCUUCUUGUACUGGACAGUCUCCCAGCCAUCGUCGUGGGCCGAGGUGUCCACCACGGACGGAGCGGCUUCAUGGCCGGCGGCGAUGUUGGCCGCAACGGCCGCGGCAUUUGCGGCCGCCUUCUUCUUGUCCUUCUUCGUGCUGCUGCUGCUGCCGUCCAACUUGGACGACAGGUCGGUGGUCGCAACAGACUUUUUGCCCUUGGACGCCUUUUUGUCCUCUUCGCUGUCCUCCAACAAGUUGGACGCCGACUUCUUCUUCUUUGAGGCCUUCUUCUUGGCAUUGCGCUUCCGGUUCGCUUCGGCGCGCGCGGCGUCCUCGUCGUCGGUGUCUGGGAAAUCACCGACGAAUUCGUUCAAGUCCAACGGUUCACUGUUUGUGGACGUCGCUUCUUGUGCGACCACGACGGGCGACACAGGCUUGGGGUUGAUGGCGGCGGCUUCCUCCUUUUCCUUCUUCUUCUUGAGCUUCUUGGGGAGCUCCGGGGCCUUCUUCUUCACGACCUUGGCGUCUUCCUUCUUGGACGCACUGCUGCUGCCUGGUGCCAUGGCAAAGUACGCGCCGACACCGGCAGCUACGGCCACUCCUGCAAGGAUCACGGCGGGUUGCGUCAGGAUGUCACUCAUGUUGUGUAGUUUGUGGUGAGGGGCGUCAAU